CCAUGAAUUACAAACCUUUUUCGUUUCCCUCUUUUAUCGGUAAUAUACCUCGGUUCCUGCCUGGAGCUUUCAGUGAUCCACUGAUACUAGAUACAGAAGCUCGUUAGGUAAAACAUUCUUCUGUUCCGUUCAGAAACAUUUGGACCUAACCACUUUCUGCGUUAAUCCUUGAGUAUUGCUAACUUUUCAGAAAUCUAGUGGCGGAAAUUUUGGAGCUUGCGCGUUGUCAUCAGCUUGCUUACUCAUGUUUAACCCUUAUUCGUCUAAUGGAGGGACUGUUAUGGGAAUUGCCGGAAAUGAUUUCUCCCUCAUAGCUUCUGACACUCGUCUAUGCGAUGGUGAUUUUGUCAUUCUCUCUAGAAACUCUCCUCGAUUGUUCAAAUUGGGUCCUGGUAAUAUACUAGGGUGCGCCGGAUUUCACGGGGAUGUUUUGACAUUGACCAAAUUGUUAGAAAAUAAAGUGAAAACGUUUCGUUAUGACCAUGGAAAAAACAUCUCGACGAAAGCACUAGCCGGCCUUUUGUCUGUAACUCUUUAUAACAGACGGUUCUUCCCAUUUUAUGUAAGCAAUGUACUAGUAGGUCUGGAUGAAGGCCGUGGUGUGCUAUACAGUUAUGAUCCUGUAGGAUCAUAUGAAUCUGAAGGGUACCGGGCCUCCGGCAGUUCUUCGGCAAUUCUGCAACCGUUUCUGGAUAGCACAGUGAGUUUGCUCUUCUAGAUUUAUUUACUUCUUAAAGGUUGGCAAUAAGACCUCGAAAUAUCACGUGUCACGUUUGGACAAGGAAACAGCGGUUAAACUUACUCAUGAUAUAUUUAUCAGCGCUGCAGAAAGAGACAUACAAUGUGGUGAUAGUGUUAUAAUCUACACAAUCACUAAAGAUGGGUUGAGUGAAGUCUCUUAUCCAUUGAGACGCGACUGAAAAACUAUUCCGGGACUUUGUAUUUCACAUUUCCAGUACCGUUUGUAAAGUAAUUAUUCUCUGAAUUUUUUCAUAGGGCAACCAUCGUGCUCUGAAUAGUUUAAUUCAAGUCCCAUUUCUGUUAUCAAAGUUUUAUUCGUGACUCUCUAAACAGAUAUAAAAACUUCAAUAAAGGUAUUCUAUGGCAAGCUUCUGGGGAACUCGUGCCUAUCCUGUCACUUGCUAAAGAUGAAGAGUGUCAAGAGUAUGAGUCAGUACGUUUCACCAAAACUAUCCUACAGCAUUUAAGUCUUCAAGAUUUGAGAAAUAUAUGAGCCUGACUUAAUAAAUCGUUACUAUCGACGAUCGGAAUUCAUAUAAUUUCAGUAGCGUUUUCCGUGUAUUUUUAAUAGGAUUAAAUGUGAAUCCUAAUGUGAAGUGAAGCCUAGGAGUUUGCUAUAUUACUUUAGCCCAUCACACUAUAUGCUUGUACUCUCACCCUGCUCUGAACUGCAGCUUAUCGGCUACAACACAUUCAAGUUGCAGCCGUACAUCACUUGCCCCGGUCUAUCCAACCAGGUAGCAUGACUAGCUUUAAGAGCAAGUGUACUAACCUACACUCACUUAUUCAACUCGAUUCAAUCACUAUUUAAGUAGAUGAUCAAUGUUACUAGCCUUUAUAUCAGCCAUUCGUGUGCAACGUAGAACCUAGCACAUGUGUUCAUCAGUCCAAAUUGCCAUACAACAUUAGCACAGCGAGAUAAAACUAUCAAGACAAAUCCCGUAAUAGAUGUAAUAACAGUAUCGUUAGUGACAGGAAAGUUAAGUAUAGAGAACGAGGAAAAGGUAUAAGGCAGUCUACAAACCUAGGGUUCAACGUAAGAGAAAGCGUGAAUGAGCCUGCACUAUUGCAAACGAUUCUGAGUCAUGUCAUUUAAAGUACCUAGGCAUUGACUCGGAGAACCACACAAAGCCUAUCCAGGUAGUCUACACUGACAAACACCCCUCAGUUCAACUGUAAAUCGUUCCAUUUUCCGUUGCUACUUUUCAAUUUGACCACCAAGAGCCCUCCCCUGCAGUGGAUAUACCCCGUCAAGUUAGUCAGUGGUUGGAUUCACCUAACCAUCUCGGUCGGUAGAGAUUCACUACCUCAACUGAUUUGCGACCCCUACUCAGUACUCUGCAUCUAAGAACAGCGUUGCUAACUCGAUAGUCUCCAAAUACACGGGACUAUAUUAUUCGUGUAUUGAUACAGUAAGUGAUUCUCCUGGUAAGAGAUUGACCCCUGUAAAGUCGGGCGACCAAAAGCCUUACCUCUAGAAAAGUAUCUACGAGAAAGUAAAAUAAGUGUGGAAAUCCCUGCGAAACAAAUCAGGACUGAUGAGUCUUCACGUAUUUCUAACUAUAGGGGAUAUGUCUACAGGCGUCGCAUCCAUUUUUAUAUGUUGUAUGGCUCAGUAAAUUAAGCGCAUCUGCAUAAGCACGUUUGCAUGCUUGCACAAGUUCGGAUCACAACUAAUAUACAAACUAAAGCGUCACCCCCGAGGUCUUAUAAUGUUGAAAUACUUUCCGACCGUAAUGUUUGUUGAGAAUUUUACCUCAAACUGAUUAGUAGUAUUGUUUUUGAAAUACCAAGUAUCCAAUUUAUUAUGUUACUAGUCUCUAUAUUGGAGAGUCAAGGACGUUUCGUUUGGUUAGUCACGUUUAGAUGCAACUACUGGGAGAAUUCGGGUCAUUUUUCAUUUAGCUUCGAAGAUACAAUAAUGUAGAUGAACUAAGUACUUUUAUGUAAACCAUGAUAACAACCACGUAGCAUUUUGUACUAAACAGCUCUCCAUUUCGUAGGAAACCGUGUAGGUAUUGGAUAAAGUAAUAAUAUUGGUGAAGGAAAACAUGACAGUCGUAGAAAAGCUUGGUGGUUUCCACUAAAAGUACUUAUGGGGCUUCAAAUUUUACUUAUUUUUACGCCAGAUAGAUAAAUGUGCUUGCAACUACACAGCCAAAAGGAUUUUCUUCGCAUACAGCCAGAAACAUUAUACAUAAUCUUAGUAAUUUUGAACUUGACUAGAUUGAUUAAUAAGAAUGCGAACAAUUCAAAUCAAUUUAACCUGAGUAUCAGCUGAAAAGAAGGAUUGCAGUCACUUUUAUACGAUUCAUAAAUAUGUGUUUAUCCGGUUGUCGCCUGAACAAUAACUUGCUAAUAACAGUUUAUUUGUCUCGGCUACAUUAAGUAUGAAUUGAAUUCUUAGUGAACACAAAGUAUUGUAGUAACAGUAUUUUGAUGUAUUUUCAAAAUUGCUAUGAUGAAAAACAUAACCUGAAUUCCCCAGUUCAAACCACAGCAUAGAUACUAAUAGCUUGAACUAUUACACAUCUUUAUAAACAUAGAACUGUCAGAUGAUAUUGAUCCUCCUUCAUUCCAUCUACCAUUCGGGUUUACCCUAUUUUACACUAAGUGGUCAAGAAUACGACGGGUUUUGAGAAACAAGCUCAGAUGUCAUUAAUACUUUGAGGUCAUGGCUUAUAAUCGUUCUUAAUAUCAGAAGUGGAAACCGAUACUGUACUGACGUAGAAAAAGAGGAGUAUGGUUUUUCCCGAGAAAUAUAUUUUUUCAAUCUAUUUGUACAUCAUAUCUCGUCAACCGUAUCAAAGUUUUUGGUCUAGAUCUAGAUGCUGAAUGUACUGAUAUUUCAUUACUUUAAGCUUUGCUCCUGAAGAUUUAAUCAUAAGUAACCGUCAUGGAAGCUGUGUUGCUUCAGUGUUGUUACAUAGACAAUUUAAAUAAUAUGAAUUAUUUCGAAUAAUUUACCUAACAAGUUGAUUAUAGUAUGUAUUACUAAUAGUCAUCCAGGUAGUAAUUAUUAACUUAGUAAUCCUGGACAGCUUUGCGUUUUUGCCAACUUUGCGGUGGGUUAAUAAGAGUGGAAACAAAAAACACCGACUUUAUGUAAAUGGAUUAUUGUAGACCGGUUAUCUGAAGACGUAAAAUUGUAGUGAAACUAAAACUGUUUGGGGUUACUGUUAUGUAAGCAAAAGUAGAAUAAAAAAAUACAAGAAUGAUAUAUGCGUUACAAAAAUUGGAUUAAAGGUAUUCUCUAUCUACAGCUUUAAAAAAACACCAAAUAAAGUAACUUCCUUACACACAAAAAAUAGUUAUGACUCAAAAGUGCUACGCAAUUAGAAAAAAAGCCGUUUGAAGUCAGUUGCGUUGUCUUAUCAUACGUAGAUUAUGAGACAAUUGUCCAGUUUCCCCUAUGUCUCCAAUGGUUGUCAAACUAAGGUCAAUCCGUGAUGUAAAUUACAAAACAGUUGUUGAAAGCCAGACAGCAGUUAGUAGCUUUCGUCUAGGCUUAAAACUUUAGGAAUUCACACGAUACUAUCCUCAACUAGCACUAUAAUAUCUGUCGUACACGUCCCUUUGGAACCGCUAAAUUGGUAGAACUCAUCUGUGGUAACCGCUCCUUGGUGUAAAUCGUAACGAUCAAGUACAUCGGUUUACUCGUACAUUAAAAUAACGUUCUAGUAUAGUAGCAAAUAAAUAACAGUUAAAAGGUAUUUAGUUAAUACGUGUUUUGCAUGGAAUGUAAUAUCAGUGCACAGGAUCGUAGUAUAAACUCACCUGGAAUGUAUAUUUGAGUCAUCAAGUGGAUGACGUUUUUGCAGUACUUUACUAGGAUCUUAAAUACAAGUUUCUCAUACAAACUUACCAGUAACAAGGGCCUUUAAGGUCUUAGUCGACCUUAUCAGUUCGAUUACAAGUGUUAAAUAGACGUAGAAAAAUAAACAACCAUGGAAUCUAUUUUAUUUCAUUGUAAGCCAUUAACAUAAAUUAUAAAUAGGAUUGAUUCUACAUAAACUUUAUCUACAAGCAUUCAUAACAUUUAUCCAGUAACAUUAAAUUUACAAGAUAAUACAUAUUACAUUUAUUACAGAAUUAAUUACUUCACUUCUGAUUAGCUUUGUACAUUAGGCAGGACAAUUCAUCAUCAUCAAUAUGUUUUGUCGUUCGUAAAUCAAGUAUGAAACUGAAAGGUACAUGUUUAACACGAAUAUUUAUUUUGGAUGCAUCAGAGUGUGAUGAUUUACAAUCAAAUGAUACAUAUUUCAAAGGUCUCUUGAAUGUUCUACCACUACUUUUAAUACCAAAAGCUCCAUAGGUAUCAAUCUCAAUAAACUUUUGUAGUGUCG